AUGGAUCAUGAUUAUCACCAGUUCUUUGAAGGACUGGUGUUUGCUUUUAAGGAUGUAAAUGUAGUAUUUUGGAUGACUAAUCAAGUCAUCAAGUAUUUCAUCAUGUCACCUAAUGUGAAUCUCCAGUUUAACAAAGCUUAUUUCAUCUGUUCAUUGUCUCACUGUGUUGCAGUCCUCUUCCUUCAGCUCACCAAGAUAGCUGGGAUCAUAGAGGCUUUAUCAUUAAAGAAAAAAAAGACACAUACAAACGUGAUCCGCUGUUGUGGAGUCAGUUGUGGUCAGACGAGCAAAAAUCAAAUUAAAGUAGAUCUUGUAGAUGAGAAUUUUACAGAAUUAAGAGGAGAAAUAGCAGGACCUCCAGACACACCAUAUGAAGGAGGAAGAUAUCAACUAGAGAUAAAAAUACCAGAAACAUAUCCAUUUAAUCCCCCUAAGGUCCGGUUCAUCACUAAAAUAUGGCACCCUAAUAUUAGUUCCGUCACAGGGGCUAUUUGUUUGGAUAUCCUGAAAGAUCAAUGGGCAGCAGCGAUGACUCUCCGCACGGUGUUACUGUCAUUGCAAGCGCUAUUGGCAGCUGCAGAGCCAGACGACCCACAGGACGCGGUAGUGGCAAAUCAGUACAAACAAAAUCCCGAAAUGUUCAAACAGACAGCGCGACUUUGGGCACAUGUGUAUGCUGGAGCACCAGUUUCUAGUCCAGAAUACACCAAAAAAAUAGAAAACCUAUGUGCUAUGGGCUUUGAUAGGAAUGCAGUAAUAGUGGCCUUGUCUUCAAAAUCUUGGGAUGUAGAGACUGCGACAGAAUUGCUUCUGAGUAACUGAGAGGCCAAGGAAAGAGUCGCUGGUCUAGUCAAGCUUGCCCCUUCUUGAGGAGCACCAACAUCUGUUAUUUUUAGGAUUCGGCAUAGAUUUCUUUAAACUGGCAUUCUUGCCUAACGAUGUUAUCUAGGCACCAUUGGAGACUGAAAACAAUUCCCUGCUCUGUAAAUAAAGCUAAUUAAACGUCUGUGUAAAUUUAAAAA